AUGGAAAGGCUGGCUAUUUGUUUGCUGAUAAUAAGCACAUCUGCAAAGGCCAUGAUGUGCCCUAAGAGAUGUUCCUGCCAGAAUGUCUCUCCAUCCUUCACUAUUCUCUGUACCAAGACCGGCCUUCUAUUUGUGCCCCCUACCAUAGACAGGAGGACAGCAGAGCUUCGACUCAUGGACAAUUUCAUAACCACUCUUAGAAGGAAAGAUUUUGCCAACAUGACGGACCUCAUUCACUUAACACUCUCCCGAAACACCAUUAGUCAGGUCAUGCCUUAUGCAUUCUUUGACCUAAAAGGGCUCCAUGCCUUGCAUUUGGACAGCAACAGGUUAACCUUUGUCAGUGAAGAACAUUUUAAAGGUUUAAUUAACCUCCGACAUUUGAUCUUGAGUAACAACCAGAUCCAUUACAUAGCUCCGGGAUCAUUUGAUGACUUUAUCGACACCGUAGAAGAUCUGGACUUGUCCUACAACAAUCUUAUUGACAUUCCAUGGGAGACUAUUGGGAGGCUCUCCAGUGUUAAUACAGUUGGACUUGAUCAUAAUCUAAUUGAAUAUGUUCCAGAGGGAAUCUUCUCCAAUCUCCAUAAACUGGCCAGAUUGGAUAUGACCUCUAACAAACUAAAAAAGAUUCCACCGGACCCAUUAUUUUCUAGGAUUCCGGUUUAUGCCAAAUCGAAAGGAUCCCCCUUAACAUCAUUGGUGCUCAGCUUUGGUGGGAAUCCUCUUCAUUGUAACUGUGAACUGAUGUGGCUUCGGCGGCUUACUAGAGAGGAUGACCUGGAAACAUGCGCCUCACCCCCAGAGCUGAUGGGUAAAUAUUUCUGGUCAAUAAAGGAGGAGGAAUUUGUUUGUGAACCUCCUAUGAUAACUCAUCGAACUUCCAAGCUAGAGAUCAUGGAAGGUAAAAGUGUCUCAUUAAAAUGCAAAGCAGUAGGUGACCCUGAUCCUUACGUAAGAUGGAUUUCUCCUGAUGGGAAACUGGUCUCUAAUACCACUAGGACUAUGUCAUAUGACAAUGGGACUUUGGAUAUUUUCACCACCAGGUUCACAGAUCGUGGAAAUUUUACCUGCAUUGCAUCCAAUGCCGCAGGGGAAUCAACUGCAAAUGUGGAGCUAGUAGUCAACCAAUUCCCCAACCUUGCAAACAGCACCAGCUAUGAGAAGGAAAUCGAGUCAGGGCUUUCUGAUAUCCUGACGCCUGCCAAGUCUAGCAUUCCAUCCAAUGAAACUAAAUCUCUGCAUGAUAGGAAGGUUGUGGUUGCAGAGUUGACCUCAUCCUCGGCACUCAUCCAAUGGCCUCCCCAGAGUCACAUCCCAGGAAUAAGGAUGUACCAGAUUCAGUACAACAGCUCAUUAGAUGACAUCCUCAUUUACAGGUAA